AUGGCGCUUGGCUCAUUACAAAACGUGUGCUUGUCCCAUUGGCAGGAAAUUGCUGCAAAGUUGCAGGGACAUGGUGCUAGCCGACCCGUCGAUGGAAAAUCUCUUGAUCUAGCUACUGUCGUUGCAGUAGCAAGAUAUGGCUUGUCUGUUCAAAUUUCUGAACAAAGUAUUGAGGCGGUUAUCAAGAGCGCCGACAUGGUUCAAGCAAGUAUUGCUAGAGGAGAGGUCGUAUAUGGUGUGAACACUGGCUUUGGUGGCAGUGCCAACACCCGGACAAAUGCUGUGGAGGAGCUCCAGAAGAACCUCCUGCGUAUGCUACAGUUCGGUGUUGUCUCAGGACCACGACCCAUCAAACCAGUCCAGGAGGCGUCGCACGAUGAAGGCUUGAAUAGCCUGAUUCAUGAUUCGGCUCUGCCUCUUGACGAUCCAGUAGCUGCGACAUCGAUGCCAGAGUCCUGGGUCAGAGCUUCUAUGCUAAUUCGCCUGAAUUCGCUCGCUUCAGGUUUCUCAGGCGUGCAGGAGAAUACCAUUCGGACUUUGCAGAAGAUCCUCGAGGUCGGAAUCACUCCCCAAGUACCUCUCAAGGGAAGCAUUUCAGCGUCUGGAGACCUCAGUCCACUCUCCUAUGUUGGAGGCGUUAUUUCAGGAAAGCCUGGCUUGAACGUAUGGACUCGAAACGCCAAUGGCGAACGAUCGUUGAAGCGAGCUGACGUUGCGCUCGCUGAGAAAGGCAUCCAACCCGUCACGCUAGGUGCGAAGGAAGGUUUAGCACUUGUGAAUGGCACAGCCUUCUCCUGUGCAGUUGGGUCACUAGCGUUGCACGAUGCUCUAGGGCAAGCAUAUCUCGCGCAGGCUCUUACAGCAAUGACUGUUGAAGCUCUCUGUGGCACAGACGAGAGUUUUGACAAGUUCUUUGCGGAGGUGAGACCCCAUCCUGGUCAAGUCGAAUCAGCUCAGAACAUUCGCGCCUUUCUGGAGAAGUCUCAGCUUGUUCAACACAGUGACAACGCUGAAGAAGGCGAAUUGCGUCAAGAUCGAUAUGCCGUGCGGACAGCAUCGCAGUGGAUCGGCCCAGUGUUAGAGGACUUGCACCUUGCAUAUCAACAGAUCGCCAUAGAGAUGAAUUCGACCACCGAUAACCCUCUAAUCGACCCCAGCCAAGGGGGCAAGAUGUUGCAUGGAGGCAAUUUCCAAGCACGUGCUGUCACAAGUGCGAUGGAGAAGACCAGACAGUCACUACAGACGAUCGGUCGAAUGCUCUUCGCACAAUGCACAGAGUUGAUUAACCCUGCAACGAACAAUGGAUUACCACCUAACCUCGUAGCCGAAGAGCCAAGUCAGUCAUUCAUCUGGAAAGGUACGGACAUCAUGGUCGCCGCUUUGCAGGCAGAGUUGGGGUUCUUGGCGAAUCCUGUUGGUAGUCACGUGCAAACUGCAGAAAUGGGCAAUCAAGCUAUCAACUCUCUUGCGCUCAUUUCCGGUCGAUACACUCUGGAAGCGGUCCAAACGCUCUCACAGUUGGCAGCAGCCCAUCUGGUUGCCGUCCUCCAGGCUCUUGACAUUCGCGCCAUGAACGUUAGAUUCCUUGAAUCCUUGCUACCAGCCUGGAGUACCUUGAUAGACGAGAUGUUGCUACCCCAUUUGCAAGCGACGAUAUCUUCCAGUGUGCUCCAAUCUGAGCUUUGGGCGGCUUUCCGAAAAUCAUUGGAAAGCCUUACCCACUUCGACUCGCCCAAGCGAUUCUCUACUGCUGUGGAGUCUUUGCAACCGCUUGUCCUCAAGUUCGUCACUCCUUCUGCCGACGCAAUUCUUGCUCUUCAGUCCUGGACCGAGGAAUGCACUUCCAAAGCACUGGAAAUUUUCCUCAGGCAACGUGACGCCUAUUUCAUGUACCCAGAUGCAACUCCUUACAUCGGAGAGGCCUCAGCCCGAAUUUACAGAUUCGUACGCAAUGAGGUGGGCGUACCUUUCAUUGGGAAUGAGAAUAUCACGUCCCCACGAGGUGAGAUUGACGAGUUUGAUUGGGGACGAGCAGGCUCAGAACAAGACGCCAGAAAAGGAGCGACGAUGGGUGGCAUGAUAACAAAGGUAUAUGAAGCCAUGCGUACUGGCGUUCUGUACCACGUUGUAAUGGACUGCGUAUCCGAUGUUGCUCAGGAACUUGACUCCGUGCAGAUAAAGUCUCUUCCAGUCGAUGGCGUCAGAGAUAUUUGGCCGGCUUAUGCCCGUUCAACCUUUGCGGACCGUAGCAAUAGUAGCGAUUCCGAUUCAACUAGUGGUGACGAUAAAGGUAAAAUCUUCACGCCAGCGCAGGGCUCGAGUUCAAAGGUUACGACAAUCGUAGAUCCUCUUGACGAUUAUAAAAUAGAUUUUAUAAAGAGAGAGGACGAGUCAAAAGAGAGUUAA